GGUAGUUUUCAAAAGAAAUACGGAGUUUGCUAUUUUUAACCCGAAAAAUGGCGAGUGGAGGAGUAAAGAGGACAACAGCUUUGGUAGGGUAUGCUGUUGUACCCAAUGCUAGAGAGGUUCUCUGUGGUCUUUAUACAAAAACACUCUCAGCAUUACAGAAACUACCCAAAGAAGCUGCCUAUAGGAGAAACACUGAACGAAUAGUCCAGCAAAGACUGCAAAUAGUUCAAUCGGAGACACAUGUACCAGCCAUUGAAGACAAGAUCGGAUGUGGACAAGUGGAGGAGCUCAUUGAUCAGGCUAAUAGAGAGCUGGAAUUGGUUGGGAAGAUGGAAGAAUGGCGUCCCUGGGAGCAACCAAUAGCCGAUCCACCGCCAGGUCAAUGGUCAUGGCCUUAAACUCAACUAAACUCUAUUAUUAUAAUUGAUGUAGCAAAAUAAAAUAACACUAAUAAUAAUUACUAGUCACAUUCAAGUGUCACACAAAGAAUACAGAGUUACUAGUAGUAGCUAAACAUU